UCCGAGUCCCGACGGCCGUGUUGCAGCGAUGGCACGAUGACGUCACUGCGCCAGCGCCCGUGAGUGGUCUGCGUCGGGACGGGGAGCGGAACUGCUGACGGCUCGGCGAGGAAAUUGGGGAUGAAGGCGAGAGAUGGAGAUGAAACAGCUGGUUUAGAAUCGGCUCGGUGAAUCGGCGAUAGCCCCCCACCCGCACCCCCGCCCCAGCAAGUCUCACCGCGACGCGAGUGUUUGUAUGAGGGCGCGCGGAGGAAGUGCUUUGGUCGCAGCGAGGUAGCGAAUGCGGGGCGAGUCGGGGAGGGCUGAAGCUGCUGGGCUUUUUUUGGAGAGGGAAAACAACAUGGCUGCGGUGGAGCUCGAAUGGAUCCCAGAAACACUGUACAACACCGCUAUCUCUGCUGUGGUGGACAACUACAGCCGAUCGAGAAGAGACAUCCGUUCGCUCCCGGAAAAUAUCCAGUUCGAUGUAUAUUAUAAGCUGUACCAGCAAGGCCGGCUCUGCCAGUUGGGGGGGGAGUUCUGUGAGCUGGAGGUGUUUGCUAAAGUGCUGCGGGCUUCAGACAAAAGACACCUCCUGCACCACUGCUUCCAGGCGCUGAUGGACCACGGUGUGAAAGUGGCCUCGGUUCUGGCCAACUCCUUCAGCCGCCGCUGCUCCUACAUCGCAGACUCUGACGCCCACGUCAAAGAGAAGGCCAUCCAGUUCGGCUUUGUGCUGGGGGGCUUCCUGUCAGAUGCGGGUUGGUAUGGAGAUGCAGAGAAGGUGUUCCUGUCGUGCCUGCAGCUGUGCACGCUCCACAGUGAGGUCCUCCACUGCUACCGGGCCGUGGAGUGCUGCGUCAGGCUGCUUCAUGUCCGCAAUGGUAACUGCAAGUACCACCUGGGGGAGGAGACCUUCAAGCUCGCUCAGUCUUACAUGGACAAACUAGCCAAACACGGCCACCUGGCCAACAAGGCGGCGCUGUACGGCGAGCUCUGUGCCUUGCUCUUCGCCAAAAGCCACUACGACGAGGCAUACCGGUGGUGUAUCGAGGCCAUGAAGGAAAUCAGCCCCGGACUGCCUGUCAAAGUAGUGGUUGAUGUGCUCCGGCAAGCUUCCAAGGCCUGCGUGGUCAAGAGGGAGUUCAGAAAAGCAGAGCAGCUGAUCAAACACGCCGUGUUUCUAGCCAGAGAACAUUUUGGACACAAGCAUCCAAAGUACUCCGAUACGCUGCUAGAUUACGGAUUUUACUUAUUAAAUGUAGACAACAUAUGCCAAUCAGUCGCUAUUUACCAGACCGCGCUGGACAUCCGGCAGUCUGUGUUCGGGGGGAAGAACAUCCACGUGGCCACAGCCCAUGAAGACCUGGCCUACUCCUCAUACGUGCACCAGUAUAGCUCUGGGAAAUUUGACAACGCUCUCUGCUGUUUGUCUCUCAGAUUCCAUGCGGAACGUGCCAUAGACAUCAUUACUCAUAUUCUGCCUGAGGACCAUCUGCUGCUGGCCUCCUCCAAGCGAGUCAAAGCGCUCAUUCUGGAGGAAAUCGCCAUCGACUGCCACAAUAAGGAGACGGAGGAGCGCCUUCUUCAGGAGGCUCAUGACCUUCACCUCUCCUCCCUGCAACUGGCCAAGAAGGCCUUCGGCGAGUUCAACGUCCAGACUGCCAAACACUACGGCAACCUCGGACGCCUCUACCAGUCCAUGAGGAAGUUCAAGGAGGCAGAGGAGAUGCACAUCAAAGCUAUUCAGAUCAAGGAGCAGCUUCUGGGCCACGAGGACUACGAGGUGGCUCUGUCUGUGGGUCACCUGGCCUCCCUCUACAACUACGACAUGAAUCAGUACGAAGACGCAGAGAGGCUCUACCUGCGCUCCAUCGCCAUCGGUAAGAAGCUGUUUGGAGAGGGUUACAGCGGCCUGGAGUAUGACUACCGAGGCCUGAUCAAGCUCUACAACUCGGUGGGAAACUUUGAGAAGGUGUUUGAAUACCACAACGUACUGUCCAACUGGAACCGGCUGAGGGACCGGCAGUUUGCCGUGGCAGACGCCCUGGAGGACGUCAACACCACGCCCCAGCAGACCCAGGAGGUGGUACAAGCGUUCCUAUUGGCUCAGAGCCUCGGCCCCACUCGCCCCUGUCUCGGCUGAUUUUAUGAGAGAAGAGAGGCGGGGAGGGGGGACACACACACACACACACAAUGGCUUCUGAGUGGCGAGGACUAAAUACGCCCCAAAUGUGAUACUUCAGUUGCUCACAGUUAAUUAGUCAUGCACAGUAAAUCCAAUCAUCACAGAACGCGCACACACACACACACUCUUAGCUGUGAAAAGAAGAAGUAGAGACACCGUUCUCAAACCUCAUUGAUAUUUAAAACCCCCGAGAUGCAACUCCAGAGCGGAUGCAGCUUCACCCCACACAGCAGACUGUUGCAUUCCUCUGAGAGAAAGAGGACACGUGACUGGGAAGAGAAACCCCCUCCAGUAUCAUGUCAGGAUGACAAAUGUCCUCUCCUCUCGCUCGCCUUUUCUUUUUCUUUAGGAAUGGGAGAUUUAUGCUUUUAUAUCUGAACCAGUGUAGCUGUGAAUGCCAUGAGACCGGGCCAGGGCCACGCACACGACAGUACACCCCCCUCCCCCCGACCCCCCCGGCAGUGAAGUACUCAUUUUAACCCACACCCAUCCAGAUCACCACUUGGUGGAUCGGAGAAGAAUAAUGUCAGAUAAUUUUGACGCUUGUACAGUAAAAUAACACGGCAGAUUGUACACUUUUUUUUUUUUUUCCUCUUUGCAAAUAACCGAGUGGACCCUGAGAGAAGUUGUGUUUUGAACUGCCUGUUGGAGAGAAUUACAAAGAGUGGAAUGUGUUCAACCAGUGGGUCUAAACACAGCCGCUAUAUAUUUCAUCUUUUCUUUUUUUUUUAAAUCUUUGUUUCCAGCUUAGUACCUACAAUAAUUAAAAUGCCAACAAUGUAUAUGCAAAAGAUGUUUAUGUAGCCCUUUGUAUAUUCUUUUCUUACUGAGCGGCCCGUGAAUGGUGAAAAAACAGCUCUGCGCUAUUACUUUAACAGAGGGACUUGGAUAGGAGCAACAAGAGGAAGAAGCUACACGUACCGAGGCUUGUAAACCUCCCUGAGCUAAUGCUGCGGCGAGGCUUCCUGUGUGUGCGUGUGUGUGUCAGGAUACACAAACAGAACCCUGGGGGCCCAAGUGCUCUACUGAUGGUUACCAGCCUUACACCAACCUGCAGUUAUCUGUCUGUAGACGGAUCCUUACCCUCAAGUGCUAAAUAAACUAUUCUACCCUGAGGGGCACUACAAUGGG